AGGAUCAAGUCACAGUCUCCAGUCUUAGUUGUUACUUUCCAUUCAUUCGGGAGCGAGCAUCGAAACUGAAUCAAGGCGUUCCGGUCAUUGUAAAACGCGUUUAAUGAUAGUUGCAUUCAGUUGAAAAGUGAGAAAAUUUAAUGAUAAAAUGGCACAAAGCAAUGACUCCGCAUCCGAUAUCUUGUCCGCGGUCGUUAACGGUGAAAAUGCAACAGUUUCGAAUUCGUUAAAUUCUCAGCGUCUGGCAAUGCAAUUUUCAACGAUCGAUUAUGUGUUAUUUGUCGGAAUGCUACUGUUGUCGAGUCUCAUCGGAAUUUAUUAUGGUUUUUUGGCGAAAACGAAGCAGAACACGGUGAACGAGUAUCUAUUAGGUGGAAAGACAAUGCAUAUCGUACCGAUAGCUAUGUCGUUAAUUGCAUCUCAUAUUUCAGGAUCUACUUUGCUCGGUGUUCCUGUUGAGAUCUACACUCACGGAACACAGUAUUGGAUGUUUAUAAUGCCGGCGCUGGUGGUUGCAGUUUCGAUGAUUUAUGUUUACUUGCCGGUAUUCCAUGAUCUCCAAUUAACAUCUUGUUACGCUUAUUUGGAAAAGAGAUUCGACAAGAAUGUCAAGAUGAUGGCCAGCACGGUAUAUGCCGUCCAAAACAUUUUAUUCAUCCCUAUAGUCAUGUACGUGCCUGCAUUGGCCUUGAGCCAAGUGUCUGGCACCAGUCUAUAUAUCAUUGUACCGAUGAUAUCUGCAAUUUGCAUUUUUUAUACAACGAUUGGUGGUUUAAAGGCAGUGGUUAUGACCGACGCGCUACAAUUCGUUUUAAUGAUAAUCGCCAUUCUAGUUAUAAUUUGUUUGGGAAUGGCUGAGGCUGGAGGUUGGACAAACAUUUGGGAGGCAGCUGAACGGGGUAAUAGAUUACAGUUUUUCAACAUGGAUCCGAGCCCGUUUACAAGGACUUCCUUUUGGAUAGUUCUUUUUGGACUGUCGACCACUUGGGUGUCAAAUCUAGGGGUCAGUCAAAGUUGCAUUCAAAAGUUUUUGGCCGUUCCCAAUUUACAGAAAGCCAGAAGAUCAGUUUUCAUUUUUACCGUUGGACUGAUAGUUGUUAAAAGCUUUUGUUGUUUUACUGGUCUGGUCAUGUACGCGCAUUAUGAAACAUGUGAUCCAAUUACGACGAAAGCGGUCGAAAAAAAUGAUCAGAUUCUUCCUUAUUAUGUGGUUGAAGUGGCUGGUUCGGUGCCGGGAAUUUCAGGAUUAUUUAUCGCAGGAAUAUUUUCGGCCGCACUUUCAACAAUGUCGGCAAGCUUAAAUACAGUCGCUGGAACUAUUUACGAAGACUUCUUAAAGCACAGAAAUCCGAAUGCUUCGGAGAAAACGGCUAGCAAUAUUAUGAAGAUUAUUGUAGUCGUAUUGGGAUUGGUUGAGAUGUGUCUCGUUUUCAUAGUGGAAAAGUUAGGUCCUGUGUUUCUUGUUACACUCGCUUUAAAUGGGACUACAACUGGAGCAUUGCUUGGAAUGUUUACGAUGGGCAUUAUAUUCAGGAAGGCAAACACGAAGGGGGUCUUAUGGGGAACAGCAGCUUCGGUCCUUCUCCUUAGCGUCAUAGUAGUUGGAUCUUUUAGUGUACCAAGUAAUAACUCAACUUUACCUUUACGAACCGACGGUUGUGAUGAGGAUCUAAUCAAUGGGUUAAAUAUCACCACAACUGCAAUGACAACGCAUGACGAAGGAUUUUGGUUGUUCCGAAUCAGUUUUAUGUAUUUCUCUCUCAUUGGGUUCAUUACGGUGAUCGUCGUCGGAUAUCCGGUGAGUCUACUUACAGCCGACGAUUCGAUAUUGGACGAGCGGCUUUUGACGCCAUUUAUGCGCAGCAAAGAAUACAAAGAGAAAGCUAAGCUGACCGAUAGACUGUUCGAAGCGGAAUAUGCACAGAUUGAACAAAAAGAAUUUGAAAUGAAAAAUAUGGAAAAAUAAAAUUGAGAAAAGAAACCAUUCCAUGAAGUAGUUGGCU